AUGGGAGGCAUUGUCAAUGGCGCUGCCGACGCCGUUGGAGAGAUGGCUCAACAACUCCGCUCAGUUUCUACCGCGGCCGGUGGCACCAUCUAUAAGCUGGUGUCUGAUUCGAACCAGAGCCUUGCGAUUGCUUGUGGGAUUCUCCACAGGGCGGAUAAGAAAGCGCGGAAUGAGUUUAUGUCCAAAGUAACGAAGCGCUUUCUGGAAGUGGUCGGCCAGCCGGAGGCGACGACUAUCAAGCCAACGCUAGGCCAGACGGACUUUGCGGAGACGCUCCUUAUAUGGAAAGGUAUAUUUACCAACCAUGCCAAUAAGCAGACCCUGGCAUUCAUACUAGACAACAAGUCCGAUUUGGCCCUUUUUCUGAUAUCCCUACUGGAACCAGCAAAGCUCUAUAUUACAGCGCUUGGGGGUCCGAGCCAAAAUUCGCACGCGAGAUACCUAGAGUACAACGAGUUAGACCUGACUCAGGCGAUGAACCGGCAUGCUGUGAUUUGCCAGCUGCAACGCCUAGCGGCGUCGUUCUCCCAUAUCGUCUUAAUGGGCAAGAAAAAACAAUCCCUCGAGCAGCUCCGCAUGAACACGAAACUGAGGAGCGACCUUAAUGACAAUGGGGACGAUUUAAUUCCACCAACGCUUAUGGUCACUGGGUCUGGCUGGUGGGGCCCCUCCACCAACCACGGCGAAAAGUGGCUUUUCGUCAAUGGGAUUGGUGGAGAGUACUUCUGGCUUCAGUUGUACUGCGAAAAGCUGCGGGACACGUAUCAAAGGGACAUUCAAGGUAUUUUUAACAGGAGCGACGGUCUCCUCUGGGACCUGGUCGAAUGUGCAGGGGAGAGGGAUAUUAACUGGGGAACCAACGAGGAACAAAACCAUCUUAUUCAAAGGACACAGAGCAGCAUAGCGGCCCAGAGCAUCUUAGAAGAUCAAUUGUCUAUCGCGCUUCAGGACAGGGGGUCAGACGGCUUUGUCGUUAUGAUUGCCUACUCUCAGGGCUGCCUUUUGUUGAGGCAUGUGUUGCAAAAAUUCAUAAAGGGGGGCAGCUAUCAGACAGCAAUGGAGGCUCGACUGAGAGUCUUUACGUUCGGGAAUCCGAGCAUCGACUGGAUGGGCACGGACGCCCAGGGGAAUAAGACCCCUCUCUGUGAGCACGUCAACCAUACUGAGCAUUUUGCAAAUGAGCGGGAUUUUGUAGCAGCGCUCGGGGUGCUGAGGAACAACCAGGAAGAAGCCCUGCGUCAGGCUGGCUACAUACACAACAGGUCAUCCCUCUUCAUCAACCGUGGCGAAGACUGGGUCGGUCACCUGUUCGGGACACAGUACAGCCUCAGAAAGGAAGACUAUAAGGACGGGGAAUAUUCCAAAUUGCUCGCAUGUGCUGGCGGACGAGCAAUGGAGAGAUAG